AUGGAGAGCUUCGUCUGGUACACAGAUGGCUCCCUAAUCGAUGGAAAAUCUGGUUUUGGGGUUUACUGUCGAUCACCCAGAACAGAACUAUCAGGAAGUCUGGGACAAUACUGUACCAUCUUCCAGGCAGAAAUCUAUGGCAUCUUGGCUUGUGCCAACCUAGGACUAGCCAGACGGUACCAAGACAAAAGGAUAGUGAUUUUAUCUGAUUGUCAGGCUGCUCUCAAAGCUCUUGACUCAAAUGAAGUCACUUCAAAACUGGUCUGGGAGUGUUUCAACACCCUCUGCAGACUUGCAUCACAGAACUCUGUAACUCUCGGCUGGGUCCCAGGCCAUGUAGGCAUUGGCGGCAACGAGAGUGCAGACAAGCUGGCAAAAAAAGGUGCGAGCAUGCCACUCUUUGGACCAGAGCCAUUUUGUGGCAUCAGCAAAGCGGCUGCUAAACAUGUAAUAAACAAAUGGUCCAGGGGACAUCAUCUUGAGCGUUGGCGUAAUUAUCCUGGACAAUCACUUGGCAAAAAACUGCUCUCAGAACCUAGCACCCUCUUCACUCGCUGGCUGCUAAAGCUGGGGAGAGGGCAGGUCAAGCAGGUACUUGCUCUUAUCACUGGACACGGCCAUUUCGGGAAACAUCUCCACACUCUAGGAAUUGUCAAUGACAAGCAGGAGUGUCGACUUUGUAACCAGUCCGAUGAGACUGCAAAACACAUUAUUCUGGACUGA